GGUCUCAGCCUCCCUCCAGGUCUCCCGCUGGGGUCAGGACUGGACCGGGCCCCCCCAUCCCUCUGACCACACGGGUGGGGUGGGCCGUCGUGAGUGCCCGCUGAGUGCCAGGGACCAAGCUGGGGGACUGGUUCAGGGUGCCGAGCGAGUGGGUGGCGGGACGGGGCCCACGUCUCUCAAGCUGUGAUGCUUGUGCUGUUUCUGCCUCGAAUCUCUGCCUCUUUGCUUAAGGACACUUUUCCAGAGUUGAACUGAGCUCGUGCCCUGUUGCAUCGUGAUUACCGCAGAAGCACGGAGGCCACUUUCUAACUGGUACUUUGGCAGAUGAUUUCUUUACGCCUCAGUGUCCCCUUUGUAAAAUGGACCUUGUGCCUGAGGGGAUUGCUGUAGGGUGGAAUGAGAGCCUGAAUAUGCCUGUCAUGUGGGAAGGUCAUAGUCAAUGGGGCCUGGGGUUAUCUUGGAGAGCAGAUGACCAGCCUUAUUCCUGAAGCAGCAGCCAGAAUGUGACCCAAGUUUUCCCUGGCUGAUAGCAGACAGGGUGUCCAUGGGGCUCUAGGAGAUCUGUUGGAGAUCUAACCCCCACCCAUCUCUAGGACACUUUAGCCCAAGCCAAGAAUUUCAAUGUCACCUGGACUUGGAUUCAAGUCCCAGCUAUUUUCUCUCCCUGGGAACUUGGGAAAACCCCUUCAUCUUACUAAGCCUUCGUAUUUUCAUUUGUAAAAUGGGGCUAACAGUACCUAUCUUCCAUAACUGUCAAGAGAAUUAAAUCAGAUAUUAUAGGUAAAGCACUUAACACCUGGCAUUCAGUGGGAGUGGUUACUGUUUUUUCAGUGUGUGGAGAUCUGAGUGCAUGCAUUUUGGCUUGAACACAUUUUUGACAGUAGCAUGGUUGUAUAAGACAGGAGGGCAGAAGUUUCAAAGCUCCUUGUUUUCUGGUCAAACUUAUUGGCCAUGACAGUAGUCAGAUCAGUGACCUGGGUCUAAUGAAUCUUUAACUGAAGGUGGCAAAUUGAGUCAUCAGGGUGAGGACCAGGAGUCUGGGUCCACCUCCACAUGACUGAGCAUAAAGGGCUACUUUUUAAAGCAAGGGCCCAUGCAGGGCAAAGACUGUUUGGAAUGAAGGCCAGACUUAGAUUAAAAACAAAACAGGAGAAUGGGGUUUGCCUCUGAGUAAAGCCUGGAACUCAAACAGGACCUGAGCCCUGUUGAUACCUUCUAAGUGAUUUGAGAAAGGAAGACAUAGCCAUAUUGACAAUCACCAAGCUUUCCCAAGUAGUGAAAAGUCAAGCCCCUGCUUCUGGCAUUUGUUCAUUCAACAGAGAGCAGUGUAGAGCCUUCUGUGUGCCAGUCACAAUGCUAUGAAAAAGCAGUGAAAAGGACAGAGGUAGUCUUAGAACCCAGAGAGGAGACAGCCCAAUGAUGCCUGUCAGGCUUUGACCCUGCCCUUUGUGUGCAGUCUCUUCCCUCAGGUAGCCUGUACUUCAGCAGGAGAAACUAAAUACUGUCUGGAGAGGCUCAUGGGAGUUGCUUCUAGAAGGCUGGGAUAGCCUGGUAUGGGGUUUAGCUUGGUAAUGUGAGCAGUGGAAAGCAUUUUCACUAGGAGGUUAAUAGGAUCAAACUGGCAUUUAAAAAUUUGCCUAUGACAGCUGUGAAGCCAGUUUUACCAGUGGUCACUUGCCCAUGCUGUGCCCCACUCUUAACUAAUUUCUAGUCCUGCUUAUUUUAAGGCCAGCCCAGCUCAGCUCAGUAUCACUUCAAGAAACUAGACAAAGGCAGGACCCUUGGUCUUUACAACAGUGGUCCCAAUUGCUGGAUCUUACUUACAACGUCAUUGUUAAUAUCCGUCUCCCCUGACAGCAGGACGGCAGGACUGAGUGUGUCUGAUCUAUACUGUUUGUCCAGUGCCUCAGAGAUGUGCCAGGUACAGUGUAAACCUCUAGAAAGCACUGGUUGAAGGAACACUGGAAUCCCUCCUAUCUAGAUUAGUGCCUGGCAUGAAGUAGUCACUCUUCUAGAAAUGCUUCAUUACGUGCAUUGAAUUGAGAAACAAAAAAGUCACCUUAUAAAAUGUAACAGUGAAAUAACUAAUAAAUGCAGACUACUUCUAGGAAUGGCUGGUGGGCAAAAGGGCUUGGGCUGCAGCUCAGGGAACUUUGUGGAUCUUGAUGGUGGUUUUAGCUCCCUCUGUCCCCUAGGACCUAAUUUUUUCUUCACAGGUUCUGAUGCUGGUCUCUUGUAGAAGGUUGCUCACAGCUUUGCUGCAGGCUCAGAAGUGGCCCUUUCAACCCUCCAGAAAUAUGAGACUGGUGCAGUUCCAGGCACCCCACCUGAUGGGACCUCACCUGGGCCUGGAAUCAGGGAAUGGCGGGGGGGUCAUUAACCUCAACGCCUUUGACCCCACACUGCCCAAGACAAUGGUGGAGUUCCUGGAGCAGGGAGAGGCCACUCUCUCGGUGGCAAGAAGAGCUCUGGCUGUCCAGUUGUCAGUCCUACCACGGUCAGAGGUGACCUUUCUGGCCCCUGUCACACGGCCAGACAAGGUGGUGUGUGUGGGAAUGAAUUAUGUGGACCACUGCAAAGAGCAGAACGUUCCUGUGCCCAAGGAGCCCAUCAUCUUCAGCAAGUUUGCCAGUUCCAUCGUGGGGCCCUACGACGAGGUCAUCCUCCCACCCUUGAGCCAGGAGGUGGACUGGGAGGUGGAGCUGGCUGUGAUCAUUGGAAGGAAAGGCAAGCACAUCAAGGCCACAGAUGCCAUGGCUCACGUAGCCGGCUUCACUGUGGCUCAUGAUGUAAGUGCUCGUGACUGGCAAAUGAGACGCAAUGGAAAGCAGUGGCUGCUGGGAAAAACCUUUGACACCUUCUGCCCCCUGGGCCCUGCCUUGGUGACCAAGGACAGUAUAGCAGAUCCACACAACUUAAAGAUCUGCUGCCGAGUGAACGGGGAAGUGGUCCAGAGCAGCAACACCAACCAGAUGGUGUUUAAGACAGAAGAGCUGAUAGCCUGGGUCUCCCAGUUCGUGACUCUUUACCCAGGGGAUGUCAUCCUGACUGGGACGCCCCCAGGUGUUGGUGUAUUCAGGAAACCUCCAGUCUUUCUCAAGAAGGGUGAUGAAGUUCAGUGUGAAAUCGAAGAACUAGGCGUCAUCAUCAACAAGGUGGUGUGAUGGGUCUUACCACAAGCCCUGGACUUAAGAGGUGGGAGCAUCCACUGCCAUCCAUCACAGGGAGCAGCCCAGUGCCAGCUGUUUCAAGCUGCCUCUUCUGGGUGGAGGGAGAGGGAUGGAGCCCUCCUCGUCAAUAAAAUUCUCAGCCCAGAGCAGCA